AGGUACCGCCGGGGGCGGGGCCUCACGGCUGCGGGGGCGGGGCCUGCCGCUCUCCGCGCGCCGGUUCCGGUCUCGCGGCGGGCGCGGGUGUUUUCGGGCCUCACCGACCCGCGGUGCCCGGGAGCAUCAUGGCCGCGGCCGCGUGGAUGCCGGCGGUUUCUCGAUUGCUAGGUGCUUUCAAAAACCAAAAACAGGUGACCAGAAGUUUUAGUAGUGCUGUACAAACAGUAACUUUAAUCCCAGGAGAUGGCAUAGGACCUGAAAUUUCUACUGCUGUCAUGAAGAUCUUUGAUGCUGCCAAAACUCCUAUUCAGUGGGAAGAAAGGAAUGUUACAGCUAUCCAAGGACCAGGAGGGAAGUGGAUGAUUCCUCCAGAUGCCAAAGAAUCCAUGGAUAAAAACAAAAUGGGAUUAAAAGGGCCUUUAAAGACCCCAAUUGCUGCAGGACACCCAUCCAUGAACCUGCUCCUGCGUAGAACCUUUGACCUUUAUGCAAACGUCCGUCCCUGUGUCUCAAUCGAAGGGUACAAAACCCCUUACACAGAUGUGAACAUUGUCACAAUUCGAGAGAACACAGAAGGCGAAUACAGUGGAAUUGAGCACGUGAUUGUUGAUGGUGUUGUGCAAAGUAUCAAGCUGAUCACAGAAGAAGCCAGCAAGCGGAUUGCAGAAUUUGCUUUUGAGUAUGCCAGAAACAACCAGAGAAGCCAUGUUACUGCUGUGCACAAGGCAAACAUUAUGAGAAUGUCUGAUGGGCUUUUCUUGAGAAAAUGCAGGGAAGCAGCAGAAAACUGUAAAGACAUUAAAUUUAAUGAAAUGUACCUGGAUACUGUGUGUCUGAAUAUGGUUCAAGAUCCAUCACAGUUUGAUGUGCUUGUUAUGCCAAACUUGUACGGUGACAUCCUCAGUGACUUGUGCGCUGGACUGAUUGGGGGUCUUGGAGUAACACCAAGUGGCAAUAUUGGUGCUAAUGGAGUUGCCAUUUUUGAAUCGGUUCACGGAACAGCACCAGACAUUGCAGGAAAAGACAUGGCAAAUCCAACUGCCCUUCUGCUGAGUGCUGUGAUGAUGUUGCGUCACAUGGGACUACACAAGCAUGCUGCAAAAAUUGAGACAGCUUGCUUUGAAACAAUUAAAGAUGGAAAGGUCUUGACAAAAGACUUGGGAGGUAAUGCCAAGUGUUCGGAAUUCACAGAGGAGAUCUGCCGCAGAGUAAAGGACAAAGACUAAAUUUUUCUCAUACUACCUGUAAUAACUCCAAAAGGACACAGCACACAAAGUACAUUAUAUAUGAUAUCCAUACGCGUAUAGUUUGCUUGUCUCUUGAGAGCAAACUUUUUAGUUAGGGCCUCUCCAUUAAUAAAGUCAGUCCAAAUGGCUAUGAAUGAUGCUUGUGCCUGCUUUCAGUGGACUUGAA